UCUUCUCCAGCAACAAAGACCAGGAUGGAAAAGUCAUUGUGCAUGCUGCCUGCAGCGCUUUUUCUGGGACUUUUGACACACGGUGCUGCAGCACUGACAAACACCCCAGCACCGACUAAGAGUUAUGCAUUAAUCAACUACACAACAACAACAAGGCCAACUCUGAAUUGGACCGAGGCUGUGAAGGGCGAGAGCAGGGACGGAACGACUCCAGCAACAGCAGAGCCAGACAUUUUCACCACCACUGUCAGAGACAAACAGCUGGACACCACGGACACCAGCAAAGAAAGAAACAAGAAAGAGAAAGACCCGAGAGACCGCAAGACUGAAGAUGACAAAUCAAAACUGGACUGUCCUCCCCUCGGCCUGGAGUCCCUGCGAGUUGAUGACAGCCAGAUUCAAGCUUCAUCCUACCAGCGGUCGGGGCUGGGUCCUCACAGGGGGAGGCUGAAUAUCCAGUCUGGCAUUGAGGAUGGAGAUCUGUAUGAUGGAGCUUGGUGUGCCGAGUAUAAGGACCGGCACCAGUGGCUCGAGGUGGAUGCCCUUCAUCUCACUCUGUUUACUGGAGUCAUUCUGCAAGGGCGAAACUCCAUCUGGAGUUGGGACUGGGUCGAAACCUACAAAGUUCAGUUGAGUAAUGACUCUGUAACCUGGCAUACCUCCAUGAACGGGACGCAGGAAGCGCUAUUUGAAGGAAACCAGAAUCCUGAGACCCCGGUUCUUGGGCUCCUUCCUGUUCCCACCGUUGCCCGUUUCAUCCGCAUCAACCCACAGACCUGGUACUCCAACGGGACCGUCUGCCUCAGGGCUGAGAUACUUGGCUGCCGUGUUCACGAUCCAUCUGAUAUUUACUCAGCGCAUGAAUCAGGAUCCAAGGAUGCUCUGGACUUUAGACACCACAACUACAAAGAGAUGAGAAAGCUCAUGAAGUCUGUGACGGAGGAGUGUCCCGACAUCACCCGCGUCUACACUAUCGGGAGGAGCUACAUGGGCCUCAAACUCUACGUUAUGGAGAUCUCAGAUAACCCGGGCAAACACGAACUCGGGGAACCUGAGUUUCGCUACGUGGCAGGGAUGCAUGGAAAUGAAGCUCUUGGUCGAGAGCUUGUCCUAAACCUCAUGCAGUAUAUGUGCAAAGAAUACAAAAAGGGCAACCAGCGUAUCGUACGGCUGGUCACCGAGACGCGAAUCCACCUCCUGCCCUCCAUGAACCCAGAUGGAUAUGAAGAGGCUUAUGUGAAGGGUUCAGAACUGUCUGGAUGGGCUGAGGGACGAUACAGCUUUGAAGGAAUCGACCUGAAUCAUAACUUCCCAGACCUGAACAACAUUAUGUGGGACACCCAAGAAAAAGCAGCAGAUAAAUCCAAAGUGCCCAACCACUACAUCCCCAUCCCAGAAUACUACACCAAAGAAGAUGCCACAGUUGCACCAGAGACACGUGCGGUCAUCAGCUGGAUGCAGGACAUUCCCUUUGUGCUCAGCGCCAACCUCCAUGGUGGAGAGCUUGUUGUUACCUAUCCCUUCGACUGCACCCGUGACUGGGCGCCACAGGAAGACACGCCAACAGCAGACAACGCCUUCUUUCGCUGGCUGGCCUCGGUCUAUGCCUCGACUAACCUGGUGAUGGCCAACCCGGACCGACGUAUCUGCCACUACGAGGAAUUUCAGGCACAUAACAACAUCAUCAACGGCGGAGCCUGGCACACGGUUCCUGGCAGUAUGAACGACUUCAGUUACCUGCACACCAACUGCUUCGAGGUGACCGUGGAGCUGUCCUGUGAUAAGUUUCCUCAUGUUAGUGAACUCCCCAUCGAGUGGGAGAACAAUAAGGAGUCUCUGCUGGUUUACAUGGAGCAGGUUCACAGAGGCAUCAAAGGUGUGGUCAGGGACAAGCUCACCAAAAAAGGAAUAGCAGAUGCUAUAAUCAAGGUGGAGGACCACGACCAUGACAUCCGAUCAGCCACUGAUGGGGACUACUGGCGUCUUCUGAACCCAGGCGAGUACAAGGUGAUUGUUUGGGCCGAGGGUUACUUCCCAUCCAUGCGUCGGUGCAAUGUCGGCAUGGAACCAAAUCCCACCAUCUGUGACUUCAUCCUCACCAAAACACCCAUCCAGAGGCUGAAGGAGAUCAGGGCCAAAGGGGAGAAGAUCCCGCAGGAUCUUCAGCUGCGUCUUCGUGCUCUUAGGCUCCGAAAGCUACGGGCUAGCACCAAGGCCAUCAACCGCCGCAGGGAGGGUCAGCAUAUGAGAAGAGCUCGGUCCUCUCAAGCCUGGAAAGCAUGAGAGGAGAUGGGAGAACGGGUUCAUGAACUGUCCUCUGGGAAAAAUUACAUUUCUGCUGUUAAAGGAGCUCGCCUGGUUAACACAAAGUAUUCCUCAAAUAUCAAAACAUGCAGACCGUUUUAUGUCUCACUGUUCUCAGUUUGGGGACAGGCACAUAAACUCUUGGAGACAAUGUUAUUGCAGAACAGGUUUUUAAAUUGGUUCAAGUAUCCUUAAAAGUUACGCAAAGAGUUCCUAAAUUGUGAAUUUACUGUUUGUUUUUUUUCCUUUUGUACAUUAACUAAGGUGAGGAUUUCAGUGUCAGCUGGCCUGAUGUCAUAAUUUUUCUAAAAGUGUUUUUUUUUUUUUUUUAGUUUGGUUGUCUGACUAAAGUCCAACUGGACCAAUAAAGUUAAAUAACUGUGUUAUCCAGCGUAUUUAAUCUGAACCUAAGGUUAACAGAAGUGGGACAGCUGAAAGAAACUGCCAUUGGUUGCAAUCUGAAAGUCAGGACAUGAGAUGAGUGGAAGGAUGAAAAAGAGGGAAAUCUGUGUGGCACAUGGACAAACCUCAAAUCAAAUGAGCUUUAUUUGUAUAGCACGUUUAAAAGACAUCAAGCGUCGGCUAAAGUGCUGAACAGACGGACAAUGUAGUCAAAAUAAAAGAAAGAAUUCAAAUAAAUGAGAUAAAAAAUUAAUUUUCACUGUAAACAUCUAAAUAAGGGGUUUCACACAUAAAGCCUGUGGCUAGACACCAAUCCAGCCCACUGAAUGGCUUAAGUUUCAUAAAUACAUCCGUUUUAUUGCUUAAAUACUUGUGCCAUGCCCAUUCAUGCGACACCAAAUUAGAUAACCAAUAGACAAACAAUAAAUGUCUAUCUACUACAAACAUUUCUGCAAAAAGGAUUUUUUUAUGUCAGAUUUUGGACUUUAACUGUAUUUUCAUAAGAUUUACAGCUUUUCCCACUGAUAAACACCCCCUGCAAGUCAAGUAAUGAUGUGAUUGAGAGUGUUUCAGGUGCAACCAAAGUCUUUCAUUUUCAGGUCAAUCAUGUAGCUGUGCAAACAUGCUUCUGCCACUAACAGAAAAAAAUGACAGACUGUACAUAUGCACAUGAGAUCCUUUACUACUACUGUUGCAAUUCCUAGAUGUAUUUUUGACUGGAUUAGCUUCUUUUCUGAAGUAGUCAGAAAUUGCAUUGCUCGUCCUCCUGUGUAUUUACAGUACCGUAAAAAAAAGUCUUGAGUCUUCAUUUUCAGUCCAGUCCUUAUGUAAUGUGAUUGAAUGAAUAGGAUUCUUCUCCCCUUUAUAUGAUGUCUAAUAUUUGUUUAUUUUAUAACUCACCAGAUCAUAAAAACAAAAACCAUUUCUUCCUUUAACUUGCUAAUCCUCCCAUGAGGAAAGUCAUUCUCAGAGUUGGGACUGCAGCAGAUG